AUGUUUGUCCAAUCGCUUCUCACUCAGAAGAGUUUUCGGUCCCGCCCCAUUGAAACAGGCAACCGAAUGAAUGAGAAUGGGCUCUUUGUGAUUGACGCGCACAACAGCCAAUCAACGGUCAUUCACCACGCACAGCCAGCCGUAGACAUGGAGUCGCUACAGCCUGUCGAGAGAGCGCUCUUCUGGGUCGGUGCACUUAUCACGGCCUCGCUGGCGCUGUGGCUGCUGUACAAGAUCAUCACUGGCUUUAGGAUAUGGGUGCUGGGAAACGGGGAUUUACUCUCUCCCAAAUUGGGGAAAUGGGCAGGGCUUGCCAUACUGGUUUUCUAUUUUUGUCUCCUAGUGAACAAUGUGGGAAUCUCAUAUCCAUACCCUGAAUUCUUCCUCCACAUCCCUGAUUUGGAAAACUUCAUCACCAACAUGAUCAAUGUCAACAUCACCUCAGUGUGCCAAAUGACUCGUCUGGUGCUGCCCAGAAUGGAGGCAAGAGCUAAGGGUGUUAUCCUCAAUAUCUCUUCUGCCAGUGGCAUGUUCCCCGUCCCACUCUUGACCAUCUACUCCUCCACCAAGGCUUUUGUGGACUUCUUCUCACUUGGACUUCAAGCAGAGUACAAGUGCAAAGGGAUCAUCAUCCAGAGUGUGCUGCCUUUCUUUGUAGCUACCAAGAUGACGAGGAUCAGGAAGCCUACCCUGGACAAGCCCACCCCUGAACGCUACGUAGCUGCUGAACUGACUACUGUGGGACUGCAAGACCAGACCAACGGCUAUUUCCCUCACGCCGUCAUGGUGCGACAGCCUAAAAACUUUUUAAUAGUAGUGUAA